GGGACGGCCAAGGAAUGGGUGCCACCUAUUUAAGAUUUUUUGAUGACACUUUGGUACAUGGAGAUUCCAUUCCUUACAACGUAGUGAUUACAUGCUCCUUGUUCCUUACCUCCACCUUCCACACAAAAACCGACUAUGAACAGACUAGUUUAAAAACUUUAAAAAACCAAAAGUCGCGAAAAAUGUUAUUUUGUAGCGUUUGUAUUUUAGUUGGCAUGUAGUUGGUUUGUAGCCAUCAGGCAUGAAAGGACUAACUCUAUUAAACACCAUUAAAUAUAAAAAUAAUUAACGUAUAUAUUUGACAAGUCAGUGUCAAAUGUCAUAAUAUUUACAAAAAUAAUACUUUUUUUCUACAAAAAAUAAUGUAUCCCAUGUUUAAUAUUGAUCUUGAUGAAGUACUGCAACAAGAAAAGACCCAUAGUCAUCCUUGGGAAAGAUUUAUAAAAGAUGCGUAUACAAACAGAAUAAAAACUGCACAUAAUUCAAUAAACAAUCCUCGCUAUCCAACAAAGAAAGAAAAAGGAACUGGAAAACCCAUUGAGCGAGUAAAAUUUACGGUUAUUGGUAAUAGAGUUACCAAAGAAUUUAUUUAUUGCAUCAAUUUGGUAAAAGGUCUCUAUACGUACAGGAAAGACUACUUCGAAUCUCCUGUUAUAAGAGGUGUAACUAGCGUUGAUUGGCCGCAUGUAUGGAAUGAUUUAAAAAUUCAAUACGGUGGCCUAGCCUACUGCUUGACGUCCCAAGUUGUGGUAUUCCUUAAUGACAAAAUCGUUGGUGGAGAGAAGGAACUAAAAGAGUUCAUCGAAAAGAAAUAUACUUACCACCUGUCUUUGAAUUAUUAUUAUGAGAGUGUCAAGCAGUUUUCAAAUUUUAUUAAAGGCUCUGGUAGACCUACAGUUUUCAUGCACAUAUCGAUUAAUGAAAAACACAUUGGGACGAUGAUAUUUAUGCUCUACGCCGAUGUAGUUCCAUACACUUGCGAAAACUUCUUGCGUUUAUGCAAGGCAACGAAAGGCGGCUACAGCGGUACCCCAGUGCACCGAAUUGUGAAAGACGGCUGGAUACAAUGUGGAGGAUUCGGGUUAAAAGGCACGAACCUGGAUUGCGAAAACUUUAUAGUACCGCCUGACAAACGUGGGGUACUCUGCAUGGCUAAUGCUGGCAGGCACGUGGAUUGUUCAACUCAAUUUUUCGUCCUUCUUCAACCAUCCCCUUGGAUGCUACACAAGUAUGUGGCGUUCGGUCAGCUUAUAGACGGAGAUACCACUCUACGUAAAAUCGAAAAUGUUGAGACUUGGUAUGAAUCUCCGAAACAAGAUAUCAACAUUUAUCAGGCUGGAAUUUUGAACAUAGACUGUCAAGAUAUAAUGAUAAAUCGAGGCGCACAUGAAUAUAUACAUGGACACAUUGAAGACCUAUUCGCAUUGGGAGAAGCGUUUUGGGAGGAGAUAAUCGGAAGAGUUUUCUUAGAAAUACAGAUGCGGGAAAAUGCACUGCUUGAAGUUCUGCUUGAAGGUGAGGAAGAACAUGUUUCAAACGAAUUGCACCUUCACGCCACCGCGAGGUUCAUGAAAAAGGGAACUGCACCAAAUAUGGCAAAAGGUCAAAAGUCUAAGAGUCAAGAUGAGUCAAAGUCAACACGGCACCAUGAUCAACAGCCACCGGAUAGUGAGCAUGAAAAUAAUGAUUUCGACGUGUCGGAGUACCAGUAUGAGGCAGAAGAGUACUUGUACAAGGAGAAACACUUGAUAUCUGUGAAAGAAUCGGAAAGUCUCAUAGUUAAACCUGAAAAACCGUAUUACAUACCACUUACAGACGUGCCUUACCCUGGAGAAGUGAGCUCAGAAUACAAUUUGAAAAAAUUUCUAAGGGGCGAUUAUUGCUUAGAAACAGACCUGGAAACGGAUAAAGUUGAAGAAGGUGUAUACAUCCAUAAAGUUGAAACAUUCCCGGCUGAAUUAUUGCAUCUAGCAUCAAAGGAGUCUUCGGAUGCAUCAGAGUAUUCGGUAGAUUCGGACCAGGAAGCGGAAAUAAAACAAUUUUUGAAAUACAACACUGACUCUGCUAGUUUUGCCGGCGAGGUCAUACGUGGAAUAUCAAGAGCUAAGCAUGAUGGAAUCUUGCUGAACCCAAGAAAGGCAGCCUUCACUGACGAUGAACUUCGUUUCAAAAAGUUAAACUGGGAGAACCACAAGUUGAUCGACUACAAAAAUAGGUCUGUGCGCAUAGACCCAGGGUCAGUGGCCUGGGCCCCCCCGUCGAAGAUAAUCCGCAGGCCCACUGCUUACUCAAGACCCGGUGCUUUCGAAUCCGGCAUGGACUUGCACAUCCAACGUCGCAAACGUCCCGUUUUGUUCCAUGUCCUUGACGAUGAGGAUGAAAUCUCGGCACCAACUUUAAAAGAAUUCAGGCGUCAUUCUUCACAGAUGAAUAGCAUGAUGUUGACAAGUACAAAACUAGAAAUUGCAUCAGAGGACCAAGUCAAACACUAUCGUCCCUAUUUAACCAAUGAGACCUCGUCUCCUAAGCAUCAAGCCCGUAGUCUCGAAUCACUGAAAACUUCUAUGCGAAGUGUCGCGUUCGCGAAAAAAAGACCUUCCCUGUCAGUUGAAGAGUAUCAGUUGAGAAAUCAACAAUAUCAAACAACGAUGCAAGAAAAUAACUAACGUUACACCUAUUCCAUGGGACGUUAUUAUAGAAAAGAUUAACAUUUUUAUGCAAGUUUGGAUUGCCAAGUGAGGCGAUGGCUGGAAGCUCAUUAUGAAGAUACUUUAACAAUUUUUUACUUUCUUAUUAAAUAUAUUUUACAUUGAA